AUGUCUGCCUUCCCGCUCCUCGUCCUCCUUCUCCUUCUCCCCGUCGCUUCUGCUCAACUUACUGUACGUUAUCCAAUAACCAACCCGUCUCCAACCGAAUCAUUUCAGCUGAACGAGCUCGAAAUCAGUGCCGAGCUCCGGCGCAAGAUGCUCCCUUUGCCUACAGUUCCGACUCACGUGAGCCGGAGUCAUCGAGUCGGUGCUCAGAGAUAUCAUCAGUUCGGACAGAGAUGCUGGCACCUCGAGUCCUGUAAAAACUGCGUGUGCUGCGGGAGCUGCGGAGGACAUGACUUUCUGUAGAGCCCCAGAGCUCGGAAUGUUCUAGAAUGCUCUUUUCAGGUGUUCGUCGCCGGCCGGCUCCGUCGACUACUGUCUGCUCUACGAGAAGAUCUCCAUGCAUACCGUAACCACCUCAAAUGCCCCGCCGGUUCCAAUAGUUGAGUUUCAGAAUCUCGAGAAACAAAACGAGACGAUGGCCUACCAACUGCCGGCCGAUUUCCCGGAUAUCAAAUGA